UAGAAGAUUAACACACGCUGGCAGGAUCACUGCAGACAAAGGAUCAUGAUCAGAAGUAUCUUCCUGUUUCUGGAUCGUACUUACGUGCUUCAGAAUUCCGUGCUUCCUUCCAUCUGGGAUAUGGGAUAUGAACUAUUUAGAAACCAUAUUAUUAGUGAUAAAAUGGUUCAGACGAAAACCAUCGAUGGCAUCCUGCUGCUGAUCAAGAGGGGGAGCGGGGAGGCCGUGGACCGGAGCCUGCUGGGCAUGCUGUCCGACCUCCAGGUGUAUAAAGAUUCAUUUGAACUGAAAUUUUUGGAAGAAACUAAUUGUUUAUAUGCUGCAGAAGGCCAAAGGUUAAUGCAAGAAAGAGAGGUUCCGGAGUACCUACAUGUGAGUAAGCACCUGGGGGAGGAGGGUGACCGCGUGAUCACGUAUCUAGACCACAGCACACAGAAACCACGGAUUGCCUGUGUGGAGAAGCAGCUGUUAGGAGAACAUUUAACAGCGAUUCUGCAGAAAGGGCUGGACCACCUGUUGGAUGAGAACAGAGUGCCCGACCUCGCUCAGCUGUACCAGCUGUUCAGCCACGUGCGGGGCGGCCAGCAGGCGCUGCUGCAGCACUGGAGCGAGUACAUCAAGACUUUUGGGACAACGAUCGUUAUCAAUCCUGAAAAAGAUAAAGAUACGGCGCAGGACCUGCUGGAUUUCAAGGACCGAGUGGACCACGUGAUAGAAGUGUGCUUCCAGAGGAGCGAGAAGUUCAUCAACCUGAUGAAGGAGUCCUUCGAAUCGUUCAUCAACAAGAGGCCAAACAAACCUGCAGAGCUGAUAGCAAAGCAUGUUGAUUCAAAACUGAGAGCAGGUAAUAAGGAGGCAACGGACGAGGAGCUGGAGAGGAUCCUGGACAAGAUCAUGGUCCUAUUCUGGUUCAUUCACAGUAAAGAUGUCUUUGAAGCAUUUUAUAAGAAAGAUUGGGCAAAAAGACUCCUCGUUGGAAAAAGUGCCUCCGUUGAUGCUGAAAAGUCUAUGCUGUCGAAGCUGAAGCACGAGUGUGGGGCUGCUUUCACCAGCAAGCUGGAAGGCAUGUUCAAGGACAUGGAGCUCUCUAAGGACAUCAUGGUUCAUUUCAAGCAGUAUAUACAGAAUCAAAGUGACCCAGGCUCUAUAGACCUGACAGUGAACAUACUUACGAUGGGAUACUGGCCAACGUACACCCCCAUGGAAGUACAUCUAACUCCAGAAAUGAUUAAACUUCAGGAAGUAUUCAAGACGUUUUAUCUUGGAAAGCACAGCAGUUGAAAGCUUCAGUGGCAAACUACGCUGGGUCACGCCGUGUUGAAAGCAGAGUUUAAAGAGGGAAAGAAGGAGUUCCAGGUGUCGCUGUUCCAGACGCUGGUGCUUCUCGUGUUCAACGAAGGGGACGGAUUCAGCUUUGAGGACAUAAAGUUGGCCACUGGGAUAGAGGACAACGAGCUGCGGAGGACAUUGCAGUCCCUGGCCUGUGGGAAAGCACGCGUCCUGAUCAAAAGUCCCAAAGGAAGGGAGGUCGAAGACGGAGACAAAUUCAUCUUCAGUGGAGAAUUCAAGCACAAGUUGUUUCGGAUCAAGAUCAAUCAAAUUCAGAUGAAGGAAACCGUUGAAGAGCAGGUCAGCACCACAGAGCGCGUGUUCCAGGACCGGCAGUACCAGAUCGACACCGCCAUCGUCAGGAUAAUGAAGAUGAGAAAAACGCUGGGCCACAACCUGCUCGUUUCCGAAUUGUAUAAUCAGCUGAAGUUUCUCAUCAAGCCUGGAGAUUUGAAAAAGAGAAUCGAAUCUCUCAUAGACAGAGACUACAUGGAGAGAGACCAGGACAGUCCCAACCAGUACCGCUACGUGGCCUGAGGCUCGUGGCGGCUCCUCCCAUGAGACACUAGAAUGUAUCUUUAGGGCAGAAACACUUCUGUGCUGUUU